AUGGCGUCAAACAAACGACCGAGGCAGUACAAACCAGUUGCAAACGUUGAGGAUAGCUCAAGCGAGGAUGAAUACCUAUUCGGCAUCCACAAGGCAAGCUCAAACAAGCAGCCGAGAGUUGAUGUUCAAAUCUGCGGUUCUCGCAUCAACGCCUUAAUCGACACUGGAGCCUCUGUCGACGUCAUGAGUCAGCGCACGUUCGACACACUAAAAAUCACACCGCCCCUCACAAAGCCAAUACACACUCGCGUAUACGCGUACAACAGUGACAAGCCUCUACAGAUCACUGGAACAUUCGAAGCACUGGUGACGCACAAAGAAAACAUAUCAUCAGCCACUUUCUUUGUCGUUGCUGGUAACUGUGACACUCUGCUGAGUUUCAACACAGCGUUGGCCCUCAAAAUCGUCCACAUUUCGUACGCAGUACAACAUGAUGGCGAUAUCCUGUCGAAAUAUGCAGACCGCUUCGAGGGAAUCGGCAAACUAAAGGACACUAAAUGCAAGCUCCAUAUCGACGAAACUGUAAGAUUAGUUACCCAACCACAUCGUCGAAUUCCAUUCCACGUGCGCAAACAAACAGAAAAGGAGCUACAGCGUCUCCUCGAUCCCGACAUCAUUGAACGCGUUGGUGACGAGCCAACCCCAUGGGUCUCAUCGAGUCAAGUUGUCCCGAAACCCAAGAGUCCUGAUCAGAUCCGCAUUUGUGUGGACAUGCGUGCGGCAAACAAGGCAGUCCAACGCAAACGCCAUAUAACGCCUACAAUCGACGACAUCAUCUCAAAAGUCAAUGGAGCCAAAGUCUUCUCAAAGCUAGACUUGAAUGCAGGAUACCACCAAAUUGAGCUCGCUGAGGAAUCGAGAUACAUAACAGUGUUCUCCACAUACAUCGGACUAUUCCGGUACAAGAGACUUAAUUUUGGAGUCACCUCAGCCGCAGAGGUUUUUCAGAACCUCAUCCAAUCAUCACUGCACGGUCUUGAUGGUGUCAUAAACAUUAGUGAUGACAUACUCAUCUUCGCACGCUCACAAGACGAGAUGAACACCCGGCUCGAUGCAUGCCUACAAAGGUUGAGAGAUCGCAACCUCACACUAAACAAAGCCAAGUGUGAAUUCAAUCGCGACAGCAUUGCUUUCUUCGGACACAUAUUCAGUGCAGAAGGCAUAUCACCAGACCCCCAGAAGGUCAAAGCAAUCCUCAAUGCUUCUGAUCCUCAAACCGUGAGUGAGGUACGCAGCUUACUUGGUCUCGCAACAUAUUGCAGCAGAUUCAUUCCUGAUCUCGCAACAAUAUCUGCUCCCCUUUGCGAUCUCACACGCGAAUCAACCAAUUGGAAGUGGACCAAAAAGCACCACAACGCGAUACGCGAAAUCAAGCAACGCCUUGCAACCAGCUGCUCUACAUCCUACUAUGACCCCGACAAAGCAACACAGCUAAUCGUCGACGCAAGCCCUGUCGGUCUAGGGGCCAUUCUCGCACAGACUGACAAAGAUGGAAAUCAAUCCAUUGUCGGCCUGGCAAGCAGGUCACUCACACCGGUCGAGCAACGAUAUUCGCAGAUCGAAAGCGAAGCACUCUCAGUCACAUGGGGAACUUUGCACUAUCAUCUCUACCUAUAUGGUAAUAACUUUGAGGUUGUCACAGACCACAAACCGCUUGUGACACUCUUCAACAACCCCAAUAGCAAGCCGCCCAUGAGAAUUGAACGUUGGAUCCUGAAACUGCAAGAAUACAGGUUCCAAGUAGCAUAUCAGCCUGGUAAGCUGAACCCGGCUGACUACCUCUCCAGGCAUCCGCUUCCAACGACCAAGCCAGCAAGCCACAAAGAAAAAAUGGCAGAACAGCACGUCAGCUUCGUAACCAGCAAUGCAGUCCCAAAGACUCUCACACUGAGUGAACUGAAAAGUGCAACCGAAACUGAUCACGCACUACAACUCUGCAUCGAAGCCCUGAGAACGAACAACUGGAAAGCAUUCAUGAAGCAGGCAGUGGAUCCUGACACCAAAAGCACACUGCAAAGCAUGUACAAAAUACGCGACGAACUGACAGUUAUCCUGACAAAUGACCUGAUCCUGCGGCGAAACUGCAUCGUCAUCCCCGCUUCAGCCCAAGAUCAUGUCAUCGAACUUGCUCACGAAGGACAUCAGGGCAUUGUAAAAACUAAACAAUUGCUCAGGGAAAAAGUAUGGUUCCCUGGCAUUGACAGGCUGGUUGAACGCAAAAUCAGCCAGUGCAUUCCCUGCCAAGCAACAUCGUCCAGCACACUACGCGAGCCACUGCAAAUGUCUACCUUGCCAGCUGGACCAUGGCUUGAAGUCAGUGUGGAUUUCGCUGACUUACCUUCAGGCAAACACCUUCUUGUUGUAACAGACGAUUAUAGCCGCUAUCCUGUGGUCGAAAUUGUAACUUCGACUUCCGUCAAGGCUGUCAUUCCGAAACUGGACGCCAUAUUUUCGCAAUUUGGCAUUCCACAAAUCAUCCGGUCCGACAACGGCCCACCGUUUAACAGUGGAGACUUCAAGAAAUUUGCAGCAUAUCUCGGGUUCAAGCAUCGCCGCAUAACACCCUUGUGGCCACGAGCAAACGCUGAGAGACACAAGCCAAUCACUCGCGGUGAUCCAGUUUUGGUGAAGCGUGAUGGCUUCAUCAGAAAGCAGCAAACCCCGUAUGACACGAAUCCAUACCGCGUCGUUGACGUCAAAGGUCCCAUGAUAACAGCCGAACGCGAAGGACAUCGAGUCACACAAAACUCUUCGUUCUUCAAAACACUCCCACACAGCAUCGCUACAGACAGUGAGUCUUUUGAGCCAACAGACAUCGUCCAAGAGACAGCACCUGAUGAACCAACCAAGAACAAUGGCACAAGCGAGUCACCAGAGACACAAACAAACACAGAACAACGCUACCCGACUCGCACUCGGAAAUCGCCUGAGUACCUCAAGGACUAUGUGCCAUCCUAG